AUGGCUGGCGAUGGCUGCACGCCAUAUUCACCUUGGGUGGUUCGAACGCAUUUUUCCGAAUCGGACAAGAGGUGGCAGAUUCUCCAGGAUGAACUUGUAGCGCCACAAGGCGAAGAUCAGUUCCGGGCAUAUGUUCGAUUCCAGAAUGACGAGUCUGCAUUUUCGGGCCUCCGUCCCAUUGAGGUGGUGAAUGCGCUCCCUGACAAUUAUCCGCAGCUUUAUGUCUUUGUGGCCGACGAAGACACAUUGACAACGAAGGAAUCUACCGUUCUUGUGAUUUCGUUUGAGCCCGGUGAUGCAGCAGAAGCAGGAGAGGGGCAGGAUGCCAAACCCAAACCCAAAGAUGUCAAAGCAGAGGAUUUGAGAUCAUUCCGUGCAGUUCCAUCCGCCGUCCAAUGCGUUGAAAACAAUCUGUCCAUUGCCAACAUGGACUUUGACGAUUUCUUGGAGAGUUCCGGGUCCGAUGGCGUUUUCCGUGGCUUUCCAGACUGA